CGCCGGGCGUCCCAAGCGCGCACUUGCUGGGAGCUGUCCUCGUAUCGCGCCCAGGUCUGGCACCGGGUCCUCCCCGGCACCGGGUAACGAGCGACGAUCACUCGCCGAACGAUACAUCGCGCGUACACUCGCCAAGAUCUUGGCGACGGAACGAGAAGUAUCGGUGCAUAUCGGUCGUUGUAUUUUUCUUUUUUUUCAUUCGAAAUAUCGAUACUCGACAACCGAAGGCGUUGUUGACGCGAGGAAGUGACAUCUCUCCACUUGGGAUCCACGUCUAGGAUGCAUCGCGGGGACAUAAUUUUUUAUAAAAUUCUGACAUAGCCCCUCUUGAUGUAAGAUCGUACCGGAGGUCCCUCGGAUCAACGCGAGAAGUGCUUUAACGCUUGCCCUUGCUGGAUCCCCGAGGGACGGAGCGAGUGUCGUCUCGCGGUAAUUGGCAGUGACUGGAGAGACUAGACUGGUGAACCGAUAGAAUGCGAAUGCGGAUCUUAUACUCGUGACAUCGAAUUUGUUAAUCGGAUAUCGGUGAUGCAGCUACAUGCUGGAAGGAGGAAGGGGAUGACUGUUAAUUUCCUAUCGAGGAUGGUGGCGGUCUUUGUUUUCGCUUGCCUUCUACUGCAGAAUGGUCGGUCGACAUUCGCAGCGUUCACCACUGUUACCACCAUCCCUGAUCCCGAAUUCGUCGACGAAAUAGGAAAUAUUACCGUACCAGCGGGACGAAAUGUUAAACUGGCGUGCAGUGUGAAAGAUCUUGGAUCAUUUAAGGUGGCCUGGAUGCUUUUCGACAAGAGCGCUAUCCUGACGGUACAGAAUCACGUUAUUACCAGGAACCCCAGAAUAUCCGUGUCGCACGAUAAGCACAGGACCUGGUUCCUACAUAUCAACGACGUGCACGAGGAGGACAAGGGAAAGUACAUGUGCCAGAUUAACACUGCCGCCGCCAAAACGCAAUAUGGCUAUCUACACGUCGUAGUGCCGCCGAAUAUUGACGAUUCGCAGAGUUCGUCGGACGCGAUCGUUCGCGAGGGCGCCAAUGUGAGUCUUACCUGCAAGGCGACCGGAAGUCCGACGCCUAGCAUUCGUUGGAAACGAGACGACGGUUCCAAGAUCUCGAUCAACAAAACUUUAUCUGUGUCAGAAUGGGAGGGCGAAACGCUGGAAAUGGCGCGGAUUUCGCGAUUGGACAUGGGCGCAUAUUUGUGCAUCGCCAGCAACGGUAUACCACCCACGGUUAGCAAGCAGAUCAAAGUGUCGGUGGACUUCCCCCCUAUGCUCUGGAUACCGCACCAAUUGGUCGGCGCGCCCCUGGGUUAUUCCGUUACGCUGGAAUGCUAUACCGAGGCUCAUCCGACUUCUUUGAAUUACUGGGCAAGGGAGGACGGCCUAAUGAUUCACGAGAGCGGUAAAUACAAGACUGCAUCGGUACCCGACAGGCCACCCUACAAGACACACAUGUCACUUACGAUAUCUGACAUACAGAGAGAAGACUACGGUAGCUACAAGUGCAUCGCGAAGAACCCACGUGGAGAAACCGACGGGACGAUUCGUCUGUACAUGUCCGCACCGCCAAGUACCAGUCCUAGCCCAUCUACCACAGAGAUCCCCAAAAAAGAUUGGGAAUUUAUGGCGGAGAUGAAUAACUCUGUUUACGGGAAUCCAAGUUCGCUGACAAUUCAAAAUGAGAAGAAUAUCAAGACAGGUACCAAGUUCCAGUCGAAUCUCAACGAAAUCGGCAAAUCGGAGCAGAAGUCGUCUGAGCUCGACAGAAAAAGAAAUUACAACUGGCCCCCUGACAAGGAUUCAGCAACGGGCGUGAUGACGACCGUGACGCUACUACUAAUUGCUCUGGCCGUGACGAUAAUUCGAUAAGCAAGAUCCGAAAAGGGGAAAAGAAAGCGAACGACGACCUCGUCAUAGACACGCCACCGGUGUUGGUGUUUCCUUAAUUAACGGACUCGGUUGAAAAGAAAAUAAAAGGGAGAAAAUUAGGACUCAAACGACAUGAAAGACAGACACACUCACACACAGCACACGUGCGCGCGUAUAGCACAUAUACAAUUACACGUGACACAAAGACUGACCGGGGUAGUUAGCGUCCGUAUUAAAUGACGGAGAGUAAUUUACGCGUGCCAAGUUAGUGUAGCGACGACAGUCCACGAGUGGCCAAGAAUUGAAGGGGCACGAAUCCUCAGCGAUCUCCCCUUCACGGAUCGUGCGUUGUGUGACCCAGGGCUGAGGGGUGAGACGCGCACCACGGGAGGUGGAACAACGAGAACGAGAGGAAAGGGUAUUAACAAAGUGCAACGACUAUCGCUUUCAGUGUAAUAUAUUGUAUAACGCCGUAACAGAAUGACGCCAACAACAAAUACCAGUGAUCUCGUCUACGCGAGAGAGUGCGAUCCGGAAACGUGUGUGAGAGUGAGUCGUUAUGUUUUUUAACUAUAUAUAUAUAUAUAUAUAUAUAUUAUACGGGAGUAUUUUAGCCGCGCAACUAACUGACAUUUCCGGAAUAUCAAAACGAAAUCGUUCGAGCUUAAUACUGAAUUAAAGUUUCACCGAGCCAACUAGUUUUCCAACAUUUUUUAAACUCACAUCCCUCUCCCUUCCCUCUUCCCCUCUCCGAAAUAGUUUUCUUCCCUCGUUCGUAUGAUCGCGAUACGCGCGGGUUCUCAAUUUCGUCAACACCGUAAAAAAGCGGCCCGACUUUCCGGGGAUUCGUCAUGCACGAUACGUAUAUCUCGAGGAGAAUCGUGAGCGUUAGUCGCGCUUUGAGCAAAGCUAAUUUUCCAUUCGAAUCAGAUCCUAUCCACUUAGUCACGUGUCUCAGUUUCGACUGCAUAGAAGCGUCGGUCGUUUCUAUCACUUUUAAUUUGAAUGCAUAGGUGCGAGAAAAGUGCGUGUAGUAUCUCCAACAUCGAUUCCACUUCCUCACUCCGCGACGAACUUCCUCCGCCAAGUACACUUGAAAUUCUUCGAUUCCUUCCAGCCCGUUCCCAUCCUUACCUUCUUAUGUACGAAAUCAUGGAUCCCAUCUGGAUACUUGAGAUUAAAACGUCAGAUUCGGUGCGGGGGAGUUGCUCUCAUCUGGAGAGGCGGUCGAAGAAAGUACGGACAGCGAAGGGGGAAAAGAAGAAAAUGGAAAAUUUGCGGCACAGAGCGAAACGGGGAUAUAUCGUAACAAGAAAUCGAAUACUACUUAGUUGCGAGCGUUCUCGAAUCAAUCCGGCAUCGCUCCGGUAUUCUGAAAAUGCCGCGAUUUUUCUUUUCACAUUACAUGCAGGCACGUGGUGGCCCCCUUUUUUGUGUAAUUAUAAUUCACUCGCUUUCGCGCGCAAUGAUAUAGGAUCAGAAAUUUCCAUUUACUUUCUUCUGGGCACUGUGCAAAAUAAAUUAGUGCUCUUGCACGCUAAAAUUCCCCUUGAAUUGGCCCGUGAAUUAAUAAAUAGUUCUAAAUCUCGAUCAACUGUUGUAAAAUCCUUUUUCCCUCGAAGUGUAGGACGCGUGUGUAGAUCAAAUUAUAUAUAUAUGUAUAUAUUUUUAUUUAUGCAAUUGCAAAAGAAAGUUUUCAUAUUUUACUAUCUACGUUAUCUAGUGGUGCUGUGCUAGUCUGUGGUAUGCAGAGGAAAGUCCCCUAUUAUGAGAUAUGUUCCCAAUAUGAGAUAGCGGGUUUUCAACCAUUCGAUUUCGCAAAUCUUUUUUCGCAACGAUGACACGCAUGUCUAAGGGCAAUAAAAUCAUGGGGCAGCCAAACGAUGUCUUUUAAUUUAACAGAAACCCCGCUAUCUCAUAACAGGAGUCCAUCUUGUAACCGGGAACUCUCGUCUAUGUGUAUGAAGAAAUAAAUUAAUUUUGAUGUAUGCGCAAUUUACGUUUCUCGCUUCUGACGUCAUAAUCCCGGACAGCAGCGGCGAUCAGAAGUGUUAAGCAUAUCAUUGAAACGUUUCCCUUUGGUUACUUGUUACCGUUUAUUACUUCUUACGCGUUAACGAUUUAUGGAAAUAAAAAGGCAUGUGCGCUCUAGGAAGUAACUUUCCAUGUGCGACACUAGGUAUAGCGAGAUGUCGAGGUGCAUUUAUCUCGUAAUGAGAUUCAUGAAUCGGAAUGAAAAAUUUUCCGGCUGAAUGCCCACUGGACAAAAUCGACAAAGUAAAUUACAUAUUUGCUAAGAGCACCGGAUUCGUUUGACACCGUUGCGUCGCGCGAUCGAUUUGUUUACGUGUUAAUUGAUCAAAUUGGGAUUUAUUCGUAGGCGGUCGCGAGAGGCCGGCCCGGCCGUGCCGGGUUUUAAGCGGACUUCUAACUACUUAGGAAUAUCCAUUAUUCAGCGUACAUCUUGUUUAAAGCAACAGGUUCGAGAGAGUCCCUGCACUCGGCGCGCAAAGGAGUUAAUGCCCGCCAUGGAUUAAAGAAGGGAACGGGUCGACUUAGGGAUUACGCAGACUUACUCUGAUGAGGUCUGUAAUCGUAUCAUUCGCGAGACUAGCGAUCUUAAAAGUCAUAAGCAUUUAACAUGAGGGGAUCACACGCCUUUGGGGCAUCGCAGCGUUUGCAAUCUCUGUGGAGAUUACUGCAACGAAUUCAAAUCCCGAUCUGGUCAACGCUACGAACGAUUGUUUCUCAACUUAUUGAUUAAAGCGUAUUUACUGCGCGCAUUUACGCACGAGCGAUUAACCAAUAUUUCUCAUCAAAGCGCAUUUUCAUAGAUACAUAAUAAACAGUUUCUGUUUUCGUAAAAAGAAAAUUGUUAAAAGAACAAUUAAACGUGAUAUACUGCGUGGCAAUAUGUCGAUUGCAUUCGACGAUACGUCGAUGGCGUUGAAAUGAAAUUUUAGACUAAUACUGAUACUCAAAAUCGAAAUGAUGUAUAAAUGCCCUAAAUUUUUCUUAAUAAUUUGACUCACUUUCUGUCUUUCUUUUACCAAAUGUCUCCUUAUUUUAUUAUAUUAUAUUUUAUUAUAUUUUAUUAUCUUAUUUUAUUAUAUUAAACACUGGCCAGUGGUAAGGUCGACUAAAUCUUGCUAUCUGUUGUUUAUAAUAUUACUGGUAACCUAAAGAAUUUUUUAAUUUUUCCUUAAUACUCUUACUAAUUAUUAUUGAUUUUUUUUAUCAGUUCAUAUACAAAGCUCUUAUCAAUUUUAUAUAAUUUUGCAGAGAGAUAAAUGCGAACGCUUUCCUCUCGCGAAUACGAACCUGAUUGAAUUCUAUUAUGGAUACGGUGAAUCUUUAUUACAGCACUAAUAGGCACGUUCUGAUGAAACAACAUUUAAGAGUUGUGUUACGGAUUAAAUUAGUAACACGCAAGCGCACUGUUUUGCAAUUUUACGUGAGACUUAAAAAACUCCAGGAGAAUCGAUUUAAAUUCCAUAGCUUCGCCUACUAAAAAUCCGGAGUUAAACAACAAUGCAAAGAUACGUUCCCUCCGAACGCGUAUAAAACCUCCGGAGCUAUCACUGCCCACAACGCAAGUAGAAUCCACAUUGCACCUGUGUAUGUACGCGUGUAUGUGACUGCAUGUGGCGUGAUCUCUUGUUUGUAAUUCCGGUGCGUAAUGCCAUUUUCCGUUAGCAUCGUUAUCGUAGCGAUAGAGUUGAUUUUCAGAGUUCCUUUAAAUCUCAAUUUAGAGAUACGAAUUUAAGAAUAAAAGAACUUGUGCUAUCAGACUCACGUAUCACACGCGGAAUCAAUGAAAUUGAGAGACAGCGGAUUAGUCAAAGAUAAAAAGGACAAAGGGAAUAGUAUUCGAGAAUUACCUCUAUAAGCUCCUGCUAUAAUCAAACGAUUUUAAUGGAAUUUGGGAACGGCUAAGGGAAAAUGGUGACGCGGAUUAUUCGAAUUAUCGGUCUAAGGAUGCUCGAACGUUGACUCGUCAUUGGCGAACCCUGUAAAUAGAAGUACACCAGUGAUAAGAAUUGCACGUAGAGUAAGCUUCGCAGCGAUGAUAGUGUACGACGUGUCACGUACACCGGCGUCAUUAAUCCGUUUUUCCGUUUCGCGAAAUUCCCGCCUUUCGGUUCUUUCGUACUUUCGUCGUCGUUUCUCACGCGCGGGGAAACGCGCAAGAAGGGUAAAUCUUAGCGAGAGAUAUUUUGACCGUAGCCCCUAAAGUAAAAAUGCGGCUCGGCGUGAGGAAGAGGAAGAGAAAGAAAUUCGCCGUCUUAGCGUUGUAAGCGCGCGACAAGACGUAUUAAACGCGAAGGUAUAUAUGUAUACAUAACAGCAGAUUAUAAAUAUGAAAAUACAAAUAUAUAAAUAUACGAAUUACGGGGGACUAUAUUGGGUAUACAUAUAUAAAUAUAUAUAUGUUAUAUAAUAUAUAUAUUAUUAUAACAUUUAUGCUUUGCGACGUUGAUUUGAAUGUUGUUAUUUACAAGAAAACCAAAAGAAGCGAGACAUUCUUAUGAAUAUGCUCGACAUAUGUAAUAAAAGAAGGGUUACGU